ACAGGUGAUUCAACGGAGGCACAAACGUUCGCUGAACAUGCAACGUCCACGUCCGUUGAGACCUCGAGACCUCGCUCGGCGUCAUGGGCAUUCUGGCAUGCGGCAGCUGUGCAUUCCAGAUGCGCAGCACAAGCGCAGCAGCCAGCGGAUGUCAGAACCCAGAACAUGAUUUGACGACUAUCGUAACACAUCUUCCGUUGCUCCGACUCCUGGCAUUGGCCGCUGACUGCGAUUGCUACGCAGCGAUACGUUCCCGGGACGCCCUUCUUGUGUGCGGCAGACACCAAUGCACCCAUCGGUAUCUAAUUUUCUCCGCCCAAUCCGAAUGCGGACCAAGGGAGCCGGUGGCGGCAGCUUGCCCUGCUGCGGACGUCUACACAAUGGGCGGAAAUAUAGACUGCACAAUCGUUUGGUAGACUCUACUGUAUCUCCCCUUUUGAACCACCAUGUUGCUGCGGCAUGCACUCAUAGCGAUACUUUGGGUCGUGCUCGCGACAGCUGUCGCCGCUGCCGACCUCCUGGUGCAAGACGGGCAGGGUCUAGCCACUGCAAUUGACUCGGUGAAGCUUGAUACCAUAUAUCAGGAACCGCAGCUCGAAGAAUCCGCUGGGGACGCUUUAGCGUCUGACCACAAGACACCAGAUGCAUACCCUGCACUUGAGGACGGGGCCUGUCCGCAGUCUCAGCAGCAGUCCGUGUCUGAGCUAGGUAGCAAGACUAUUUACCAAGCCCUCAAAGAAAAUACCCAUUAUUUUCAAAUCCUCGCCUUGGUCAACUUGACGGCAGACAUUGUUAAUAUACUCAACGACACUUCUGCCAACAUCACGUUUUUUGCUCCUUCCAAUGAUGCGUUCUCUAGGCAUAGGACCCACGGACAUCAUGGGGAUCAUGGGCGUAUCCAGGACGCGUCCUCCCGCAAACCAGACGACUCGAUGGAGCAUGCGCAUGACAAUAAUUCACCGCAGCGAGAUAACGAUAUGUAUGCGACGUCUGGCGUCAUGGACGCACAGCUUGAUCUCAUGCAUGCGAUUGAACAUAUCAUAACAUUGCCUCCCCGCACACCUGAGGCGGCUACUCUUCCAUCGGGUUUGGUCGGCAUCGUUCGCCGCGUUCUCCUCUACCACAUUGUGCCUUUCGCAGUUCCCUCUGCCAGGCUGGGCGAACAUGCUACGCUUGCAACGAAGCUCACUCUGCGUGACGGCUCGCUCGACGGAUCAGCCAUGCGCGUUCAGACCACCCCAAAGUUCAUCAAUUCAUAUGCCACACUUCGGAGAGAACUCCGAGUAUCCAACGGUGGGCGCCGUAUUUGACUUUCAGUCGUCCGGCCCCUGCGAUCGGUUGUCUUACCAUCAAUCGGCCACUCAUCCCGCCACCCACCGUGUUCGAAGGAUUGUUCCUUCUAUCGGACGUAUUCUCGACCUUCACCUCGGCCCUUGCGCGCAUGGGUCUCACCGACGCAGUCGACUUUCGCAGAGACGCCGAUGAUCCAGUGGAAGGGUCGGCUGGCGUCACAGUAUUUGCGCCAA